GGAGCCUCGAAAUCGUUUUGUAAGUAGGAAUCCGGGAAUCCAAAGGAGCCCGAGAGGGACUGCGGUGGGAGGCUGGGUGGGUGGAAACCACAUGACCUUUCUCGGGAAAGAGGAGGAGUUCGGGUUCUGGCCAGGUGUGUGAGAGGGAGGGAGAGGCCAGGCUUCCCAUUCACGAGCUUCUGGGCCACUUCCUGCUGUCACUCCACCUCUGGCUUCGCUCUCUAAGCGGAGCCUCCGAGAGCCUCAGGAUCCGGAGUGGGGAGACUGCGUGGCCGAGUCACCCCUCCCGACCCCGGCUUACCCUCUUCCUUUCCCCAUGCUGGGACUCUUCCUCAUCCUCUGUUUGGCGUGGUCGGUGAGCUCCGAUACAGAUGAAAAAUGUCCCACGUUCACCAAUAUUGGCUUCUAUAAUGCAUUAGUAGGCACGAGACUCAAGGUAAGGCUGUUGCUGUACACAGAUGGGAACUUUGCCUGUGCCAAACUGCUCGAAUCCACCCUUCCUGGGAGCUUCAACGUGACCAAGAAAAGCACUUUUAUCAUCCAUGGCUACAGACCAACGGGCUCCCCCCCAGUCUGGAUGGACGACCUCGUCGAGGCCCUGCUCCGCAUCGAAGACAUGAAUGUGAUUGUGGUCGACUGGAACCGAGGAGCCGCUAAUGUGAUUUACAGCAUUUCCUCCGGUUUCACCAAGCCGGUGGCUAAAAUCUUAAAGCAGACGAUCGACCAGAUGCUGGCCAAUGGAGCGACUCUGGACAACAUUUACAUGAUCGGAGUCAGCCUGGGGGCCCACAUAGCUGGCUUUGUUGGAAAGAUGUAUGACGGGAAGCUUGGAAGAAUUACUGGCCUUGAUCCUGCAGGCCCCCUCUACAACGGGAAGCCCCCAGACAAACGGCUGGAUCACAGAGAUGCCCAGUUUGUUGAUGUCAUCCAUUCCGAUAUUGAUGGUCUCGGCUUCAGAGAAUCGUUAGGAAAUAUCGAUUUCUACCCCAAUGGAGGAGUGGAUCAGCCUGGCUGUCCCCAAACAAUCUUUGGGGGAUUACAGUAUUUCAAAUGUGACCACCAGAGAUCUGUCCUCCUGUACCUGUCUUCCCUGAGAAAAGACUGUGACAUCACUGCCUACCCUUGUAAAUCAUACAGAGAUUACCUGAAUGGCAAAUGCAUCAGCUGCGGAGAUAACCAACUGAUACCAUGUCCACUCCUGGGUUACUAUGCUGAUCGAUGGAAAAACUACACCACACUAAAGGACCGUCCUGUGACAAAAGCUUUUUUUGAUACAACUGAUAAAAAGCCAUUCUGCAUGUAUCACUACUUCGUGGACAUCCUUAUUUGGAAUAAGAACAGCCAAAAAGGUUACAUUACGAUUAAGUUAACAGACAUGAAUGGACAUUCCACGGAGUCCACAAUCAAUCACGAGCCCACCACAUUUCAGAAGUAUCAUCAAGUGAGCUUGCUCGCCAGGUUUGCUCAGGAUCUUGACCAGGUGAAGAGCAUCUCCUUGGUAUUCUCUAGCGGGACUGUCCUGGGGCCCAAGAGCAAACUCAGGAUCAUCUGGAUGAAGCUGAGACCCAUCAACCGCCCGGAGAAGCCCCAGAUGUGCAGAUAUGAUCUCGUAGUGACAGAAAACAAAGAAACAGCCUUCCAGCCCAUUCUUUGCUGAACUCAAAUGGGGAAGCAUCUUGCAGAAGCCGUCGUUUGGCUAUCAAGGAAGAGAUUGGAAGGAAGGGCACAUCCGUCUCUAUGCUGUUUUGAGCUGCAUCCCAGAAGGCCACAGUUUUAGGAUCAUAAGAUCAUUCUGAAGAGAGUGAGGAUGGGGAGCUGAUAGCUCCUCGGGGAGGUGACAGUCUUUGGGGGAGUCUUUUGCCUCCUGGGCUUGGUCUUCCUGGGUCUGAGGACCACACAGGACAUUUUCCCAGCAGUGUAAGUGGCCGGAGCCAGGAGUCUCAGCUCGGAUCCCUCUUGGCUGCAGCUUUCUCUAUGGGCCUGUGCUGAUGCAGUGAUCUACCUCUUGGGGAUACUGGGAAGGAGAAGUACUCGAGUCUGUGAAGGGUUUUGAGAUAUGAAGUGAAAAUGCCUUUUCCUCUAUGUUGUAGAUGUGUGUGAAUGUCUUAUUUAUUCUAAAUGACCCAAUAAAGUGUAAGCCUUUGGAGGCCAGGGGCUCUUUCAGUGCCUGGCACAAUGGGUGCUUUAAUAAAUCCUUGUGAAAUGAA